CAAUGAUUUCGGUUCAAUUCAAAGACAAAAUCGCCUCUAACAUCUCCUUUGUUUUUCCCGACGCUGGCUUGUUGCCAACACACCAUCUCUCUCUCUCUCCUUCCCAAUCAUCAGGACCCUCCCUCUUUCUCUAUCUUUCCAAUUUCAGUUUCGUCUAGCUCUAUUUCAUGAUAUAUAUAUAUUUAUAUAUAAACGUAUAGAAGAGCCCAUUAAACCUCUUCUAUAAAACCCAUCAUUUUCCCAUUUGUCAAAAUCUGGCGCGAUUUGAGAACCCAAUCAAACUUUGUGUGAAAAAAACCCAGUUCUUUGAUUAUUCUUCUCCCUAUUCUCAUUCAUUAACUCCCCCAACAUCACAUGGUAACACCAGCACCCCCCCCUUUUUCUUUCCUUUUCUUCUAAUCUCAUCAUGUUCUGUGUUCUUCCAAAAUUUUCCUGGAAAAUCUGAUAGAAAAUCUUGUUUUUGAAGGAAAACUUUCCUGUUUUGAGAUAAGUAACUUCAUGUUUGGCAAACCUUUUUAUGGUAAGGAAACUUCCCACCUCACAUUUUUGGUUUUCAUGAUCCGGGUGAGAUAUUUGUUUCCCAAAAAGUUUUUGUUUUGAUUUGAGAUUUUUGUAUUUGGGACAUACCCAUGUGGUGAAAGGACAGACCCAUCUCUCCUUUUUGUCAGUGGUGAUGAUCUUGGGGAGUUUGUGAUAUAUCAUCAAAAGGGCUUUCUCUUGUUUGAAGAGAGCCUUGUUAAUCAAACACACCCUUACCCAUUUCUCUAUUCUCAUUGUGAGAUCCUAUUUCAGUGCCCUCUCUGUUUCUCUUUGGAAAUUCUCAUUUCAGAUGUGAGUUUGUGACUUAAAGGUCAUUUAUGUGUGUAAAAUCCCCAAAUGCAGAAUACCCAUAAUUGAGUUUUGAGGUUAAAUUGUUCUGAAGAUGCAAUCUAGGCUACUGGUGUUGGAGGAAGGCAAAGACCCUUCCACCACCAUUAUUAGAACAAGCCAAUCUCGGGGUUCACCAUUGAGAAUUCUGCAAUUUCUCUUGGUCUUUUUGGGUAUUUGCAUUGUGUUUUCGAUGUUGAGUAUGUAUAUGAUCCGUUAUCUCGGAGCCCAAAAUGUAGUUCCAGCAAUACAAUCCACAUUCCAACCCUGUUAUGGAGAGGCAAGAAGUUUAGAAAGUUGGAUUAGGCCUCCAUCCAAACUACUUCAUACGAUGAAUGACACUGAGCUGUUUUGGAAGGCUUCGUUUGUACCUCGAAUAAAAGAUUACCCGUUUAAUAGAACUGCCAAAAUUGCUUUCAUGUUCUUGACAAGAGGACCAUUGCCAAUGGCACCCCUAUGGGAAAGGUUCUUUAAAGGGCACGAGGGGCUUUAUUCGAUCUACAUUCAUUCACUGCCAACUUAUCAACCAGAUUUCUUGCAUUCAUCGGUUUUCUAUGGAAGGCAAAUCCCGAGUCAGGUAGCUGAGUGGGGAAGGAUGAGCAUGUGUGAUGCUGAAAGAAGACUCCUAGCCAACGCAUUGCUUGACAUUUCCAACGAAUGGUUUGUCCUCGCAUCCGAGGCAUGCAUUCCUCUUCAAAACUUCGACGUCAUUUAUCGCUACCUAUCAAGAUCAUGGUACAGCUUCAUUGGCUCAUUUGAUGAAGAUGGGCCCUUUGGAAGAGGGCGCUAUAAUGCAAACAUGGCACCUGAGGUCAACCUCACCGAAUGGCGUAAAGGUUCCCAAUGGUUUGAAGUUGAUCGUAAACUAGCAAUCGACAUUGUUGAAGAUCACAUUUUCUACCCUAAGUUUGAAAAGUUUUGCAGACCAGCGUGUUACGUGGAUGAGCACUAUUUCCCAACCAUGUUGAGCAUCCAAUCUCCACAUCUCUUGGCUAACCGGAGUCUCACUUGGGUGGACUGGUCAAGAGGUGGUGCUCAUCCGGCUACGUUUGGGAAGGCUGACAUUAAUGAGCAAUUUUUCAAGAGAAUUUUGGAAGGCCAAAAUUGCUUUUACAAUAACCAGCCAUCUUCGGUUUGUUUUCUUUUGGCAAGAAAGUUUGCUCCGAGCACUUUGGAGCCAUUGUUAGAAAAUGCAUCCAAAUUUUUCGGUUUUUGAUUAAAGACUGCAUAUGUGAUCUAGUGAAGGUGUCAGAGGAAGAACAGUUUUGGUUAUUAAUCUCUUUGUACACCAAGUUUAUAGGCUUUGAUGAUUCAAUGUGUAUGAAAGCAUUUCAGAUACUUAAAAAUGUCACAACCUUGGUUUUCGGCAUCUUAGACAAGUUUGUGAUACAAGUACGGUUUUGUUUACAA